AUGAUUGCCGAUACGCCUCUCCUCGCCAUGUUCAAGAACUCCCUCCGCAGCUUCGACACCGUCGCUGACAUUCGCCCUUACCCUGCGAAGCCAACUGCGCCUCUCACCUUCACCGCCGCACCGGCCCUGCUUCAGCCGGCGACGGUGUUCGAGAACGCCGAGCUGAAGCUCAGGAUCCAGUACCUCGAGGCUGCAGCGGCGAAGGCAGAGGAUGGCGCGGAACGACUCGGAUGUGAUCUCUCUGUCAGCCAAGGCCGCGUCGCUGGCCUUGAGGCAGAGAAGCACACGACAGAGGCCAAGAUCCACUCCCUGUUUCAUGUCCGGGAUUCACUGUUGUCCCGCCUAGACAGCGCGUGCGCCAAUGCCGGGAAAGCGUAUGAGGAAUGCGACGAGCUGCGAGAGCUGUGCUACAACGCCGGCAAGGAGCGCAAUGACCUUUGA